GCUUCCGGGAGGAGAAUUUUGGACCUCGCGGGGCUCCGUCGACGCUCCGCCCUCUCCACCGGAGGCGGCUGUGGAGAAGCCCGGCGCCGGCGGCGGCUGUUUUGAGAGCCGCUCGGUGUCACCAUGGGCGACCACGGGCUGGAGCUGGCGUCCAUGAUCCCCGCCCUGCGGGAGUUGGCCAGUGCUACUCCAGAAGAAUAUAACACUGUUGUACAGAAACCAAGACAGAUUCUCUGCCAGUUCAUUGACAGAAUACUUACAGAUGUAAAUGUUGUUGCUCUAGAACUUGUAAAGAAAACUGACGCUCAGCCGACCUCUGUGAUGUUACUUGAUUUUAUCCAGCACAUCAUGAAGUCUUCUCCGCUUAUGUUUGUAAAUGUGAAUGGAAGCCAGGGCCAAAAUGAGGCCAAAGACAGUUGUAUUGAAUUCAGUCAUUGGAUCAUUACAAGACUUUUACGGAUUGCAGCAACUCCAUCCUGCCACAUGCUACACAAGAAAAUAUGUGAAGUUAUCUGCUCGUUAUUAUUUCUUUUUAAAAGCAAGAAUCCUGCUAUUUUUGGGGUACUCACAAGAGAAUUACUUUAUCUUUUUGAAGACUUAAUUUACCUCCACAAAAGAAAUGCAGUGGGUGAGGUUAUGGAAUGGCCAGUGGUUGUUAGUCGGUUUUUAAGCCGAUUGGAUGAACAUAUGGGAUGUUUACAGCCAGCUCCUUUGCAGUUCAUGAACGUGCAAAAUGUAGAAUUUAUUGAAGUCACUCUAUUAAUGGUUCUUAUUCAUAUUGUUCCAACCGUGUUUUUUAGACGACAAGAAUUGUUACUGUGGCAAAUCGGCUGCGCUCUGCUAGAGCACGGUAGUCCCAAAAUCAGGUCUUUAGCAAUUAGCCUUCUAACUGAGCUCUUUGAGCUUGGAGGGUUACCAGCACAGCCAGCCAGCACUUUUUUCAGCUUAUUUUUGGAGUUGCUACAACACCUUGUUGGAAUGGAUGCUGACCAAUUGAAAUUGUAUGAAGAGCCAUUGUCAAAGCUGCUAAAAACGCUCUUUCCCUUUGAAGCAGAGGCUUAUAGAAAUAUUGAACCUGUCUACUUAAAUGUGCUACUGGAAAAACUCAGUGUCAUGUUUGAAGAUCGCGUGCUUAUGCGGCUCAAGUCUGAUUUGCUGAAGGCUGCUUUGUGUCAUUUACUGCAGUAUUUCCUUACAUUUGUGCCAGCUGGGUAUGAAUCGGCUUUACAGGUCAGGAAGGUUUAUGUGACAAAUAUUUGUAGAGCUCUUGUAGACGCUCUUGGAGUUCAGAAACAUGUUGGGUAUUUGUUGGGACCAUUUUAUGCAGCCUUGAAAAUGGAAAGUAAGGAAAUUAUUGAAAGAAUUCAAUGCCAAGCUCAACAGGAGAAUCUCAGUGGUAAUAAUGAUGAGGUGUCACCAAAGAGGCGUAAACUCAGCUCCUCUCUCAGCUCUUACAAAAAGCCAUCCAGACAGCCUGAAGAAAUUAUUCAUGUGGAUAUGGACAAAAAGAGCAUAUUAUGGAAUGUUCUGAAACAGAAAGCCGAAUCCCUUCAGAUCUCUCUCGAAUGUGGUACUCUCAAGAAUUCUGUUGCUGAGGCAUUAGAAGGAAUCACUGUUGUAUUACAGCUGACUGCUCUCUGCACUGUUCACUGUUCUCAUCAAGACAUGGAUGGCCAUAAUGUCAAGGAUCAUCAACACAAAUAUAAGAAGAAACCUCCAGUAGUAGUAACUUGGAUGUCUUUGGAUUUUUAUACAAAAGUGCUUAAAAGCUGUAGGAGUUUGUUAGAAUCUGUUCAGAAACUUGAACUGGAAUUAGUCAUUGAUAGCAUGGUGAGAAUUUGUGAUGCUCUGAUGUAUAUGCAAGUAAAAAGUUCAUUCAAGGAUCAUGUUCUGGAAGAGUUAUGUGGAAUGCUCUCACUUCCAUGGAUUUAUUCCUAUUCUGAUGAUAACUCUUUAAAGAUGACCACAUUUGCUACUAACCUUCUGCCAUUAAGCCAGAGGGUUUGGGAUAGUUACUCUCCACAGGCACAGUCAAAAUGUGUGUUUCUUCUGACACUGUUUCCAAGAAGAAUAUUCCUUGAAUGGAGAACAGCAGUUUAUAAUUGGGCCCUAAAGAGCUCCCAUGAAGUAAUCCGGGCUAGUUGUGUUAAAGGAUUUUUUAUCUUAUUGCAUCAGCAGAAUUCUUGUAACCAAAUUCCCAAGAUGCUUGUAGAUAGAGUCAAAGAUGAUUCUGACAUGGUCAAGAAAGAAUUUGCUUCUGUCCUUGGUCAACUUGUCUGUACUCUUCACGGCAUGUUUUAUUUGAGUUCCUCAGUAGAGCCUUGCUUUGAACAUAUGGACUUGUUCAGUAAGAACCUGAAAGCCACUUCUCAGCAUGAAUGUUCAUCUUCUCAAGUAAAAGCUUCCACUUGCAAGCCAUUCCUUUUCCUGCUGACCAAAAAUACACCUAGUCCAGUAAAACUUGCUUUCAUAGACAAUCUACAUCAUCUUUGUAAGCAUCUUGAUUUUCAAGAAGAUGAAAGAGAGGUAAAAGCAGUUCUUGGGACUUUAUUAAAUUUGAUGGAAGAUCCAGACAAGGAUGUUAGAAUUGCUUUUAGUGGAAAUAUCAAGUAUAUAUUGGAAUCCUUGAACUCUGAAGAUGGAUUCGUAAAAGAGCUUUUUGUCUUAAGAAUGAAGGAAGCAUAUACUCAUGCCCAAAUAGCAAGGAAUAAUGAGCUAAAGGAUACUUUGAUUCUUACAACAGGGGAUAUUGGAAGGGCAGCAAAAGGAGAUUUGAUACCUUUCGCACUCUUGCAUUUACUGCAUUGCUUGCUGUCUAAGUCUGCAUCCGUCUCUGGAGCGGCAUACACAGAGAUUCGAGCACUAGUUGCAGCUAAAAGUGUUAAACUGCAGAAUUUUUUCAGUCAAUAUAAGAAACCGAUCUGUCAGUUUUUGGUAGAAUCUCUCCACUCCAGUCAGAUGACAGCACUCCCAAGUGCUCCUUGCCAGUCUUCUGAGAUUCGAAAACAAGAUGUUGCUCAUCACAGAGAGAUGGCUUUAAAUACCUUAUCAGAAAUUGCCAAUGUUUUUGACUUUCCUGAUCUUAAUCGUUUCCUGACAAGGACAUUACAAGUUCUGCUUCCUGAUCUUGCUGCCAAAGCAAGUCCUGCAGCAUCGGCUCUCAUUCGAACUUUAGGGAAACAAUUAAAUGUCAGUCGUCGAGAGAUUUUAAUAAAUAACUUCAAAUACAUCUUUUCCCAUUUGGUUUGUUCUUGUUCCAAAGAUGAAUUAGAACGUGCUCUUCAUUAUCUGAAGAAUGAAACAGAAAUUGAGUUGGGGAGCCUGUUAAGACAGGAUUUUCAAGGAUUGCAUAACGAAUUAUUGCUGCGUAUUGGAGAACAUUAUCAACAAGUUUUCAAUGGUUUGUCAAUACUUGCCUCAUUUGCAUCUAGUGAUGAUCCAUAUCAGGGACCACGAGAUAUUACAUCACCUGAACUGAUGGCUGAUUAUUUGCAACCAAAAUUGUUGGGCAUUCUGGCCUUUUUUAAUAUGCAGUUGCUGAGCUCCAGUGUUGGCAUUGAAGAUAAGAAAAUGGCCUUGACUAGUUUGAUGUCUUUGAUGAAGUUGAUGGGACCUAAACAUGUCAGUUCUGUGAGAGUAAAAAUGAUGACCACACUGAGAACUGGUCUUAGAUUCAAGGAUGAUUUUCCUGAGUUAUGCUGCAGAGCAUGGGACUGCUUUGUUCGCUGUCUGGAUCACGCUUACCUGGGACCCCUGCUCAGUCAUGUCAUAGUGGCUUUGUUACCUCUCAUACACAUGCAGCCUAAAGAAACUGCUGCUAUCUUUCACUACCUCAUCAUUGAAAACAGGGAUGCUGUGCAAGAUUUUCUUCAUGAAAUAUAUUUUUUGCCUGAUCAUCCAGAAUUAGAAAAGAUAAAAGCAGUUCUCCAGGAAUAUAGAAAGGAAACCUCUGAGACUACUGAUCUUCAAACCACUCUCCAGCUAUCUAUGAAAGCAAUUCAACACGAAAAUGUAGAUGUUCGAAUUCAUGCUCUUACAAGCUUGAAGGAAACCUUGUACAAAAAUCAGGAAAAACUGAUAAAAUAUGCAACUGAUAGUGAGACAGUGGAGCCCGUUAUCUCCCAGCUUGUGACGGUAAUUCUGAAAGGCUGCCAAGAUGCAAACUCUCAAGCUCGCUUACUCUGUGGGGAAUGUUUAGGAGAACUGGGGGCAAUAGACCCAGGGCGAUUGGAUUUCUCAACAACAGAAACUCAAGGAAAAGAUUUUACAUUUGUGACUGGAGUAGAAGAUUUAAGCUUUGCCUAUGGAUUGCUAAUGGAGCUAACAAGAGCUUACCUUGCAUAUGCUGAUAACAGCCGAGCACAAGAUUCAGCUGCUUAUGCUAUUCAGGAGUUGCUUUCUAUUUAUGACUGUAGAGAGAUGCAGAGCAAUGGCCCAGGUUACCAGUUGUGGAAAAGAUUCCCUGAGCAUGUCCGGGAAAUAUUAGAGCCUCAUCUCAAUACUAGAUAUAAGAGUUCCCAGAAAUCAACAGAUUGGUCUGGAGUAACGAAGCCAAUUUACUUAAGUAAACUAGGUAAUAACUUUGCAGAAUGGUCAUCAUCUUGGGCAGGUUAUCUUAUAACAAAGGUUCGGGAUAAUCUUGCCAGUAAGAUCUUCACAUGCUGUAGCAUAAUGAUGAAGCAUGAUUUUAAAGUCACCAUCUAUCUUCUUCCACAUAUCCUAGUAUAUGUCUUGUUGGGUUGUAAUCAAGAAGAUCAGCAAGAGGUUUAUGCAGAAAUUAUGGCAGUACUUAAGCAUGAUGAGCAGCAUGCCAUCAGUACCCAAGACAGUGCAUCUGAUCUGUGCCAGCUGAGUACACAGACUGUGUUCUCUGUGCUUGACCAUCUCACCCAAUGGGCAAGGCACAAAUUUCAGGCAUUGAAUGCUGAGAAACUUGCACAAAACAAACCAAAAGGAGUAUCAAAUGUGAAUUUUGAAGACUAUCAGAGUGUAACUCGUUUUCUAGACCUCAUACCUCAGGAUACUCUGGCUGUAGCGUCCUUUCGUUCCAAAGCAUACACACGAGCCGUAAUGCACUUUGAGUCAUUUAUUACAGAAAAGAAGCAAAAUAUUCAAAAGCAUCUUGGAUUUCUACAGAAAUUGUAUGCUGCUAUGCAUGAGCCAGAUGGAGUGGCUGGAGUAAGUGCAAUUCGGAAAGCCGAGCCAUCCCUGAAGGAACAGAUUCUUGAACAUGAAAGUAUUGGCUUGCUGAGGGAUGCCACUGCCUGUUAUGACAGGGCUAUUCAGCUAGAACCAGACCAGAUCAUUCAUUAUCAUGGUGUUGUGAAGUCCAUGUUAGGUCUUGGUCAGCUGUCUACUGUUAUCACCCAGGUCAAUGGAGUACAUGCUAAUAGGUCUGAAUGGACAGAUGAAUUAAACACAUACAGAGUUGAAGCAGCUUGGAAACUGUCACAGUGGGAUUUGGUGGAAAACUAUUUAGCAGCAGACGGGAAAUCCACAACAUGGAGUGUCAGACUAGGACAGCUACUGUUAUCAGCUAAAAAGAGAGACACCACAACUUUUUAUGACACACUGAAGCUAGUGAGAGCAGAACAAAUCGUACCUCUCUCAGCUGCCAGCUUUGAAAGAGGCUCCUACCAACGAGGCUAUGAGUUUAUUGUCAGAUUACACAUGUUGUGUGAGUUGGAGCACAGCCUCAAACCGCUUUUUCGCAAGUCUCCAGGUGACAGUUGUAAUGAAGACUCUCUGAACUGGGGAGCUCGACUUGAAAUGACCCAGAAUUCCUAUAGAGCCAAGGAGCCUAUCCUGGCCCUCCGGAGGGCUUUAUUAAGUCUCAACAAAAGGCCGGAUUACAAUGAAAUGGUUGGAGAAUGCUGGCUACAGAGUGCCAGGGUAGCUAGAAAGGCUGGCCACCAUCAGACAGCCUACAAUGCUCUCCUUAAUGCUGGAGAGUCACGACUUGCUGAACUGUAUGUGGAGAGGGCAAAGUGGCUGUGGUCCAAGGGUGACGUUCACCAGGCGCUUAUUGUUCUUCAAAAGGGCGUGGAAUUAUGUUUUCCUGAAAAUAAGUCCCCAUCUGAGAGUAAGCACAUGCUAAUCCAUGGCCGGGCCACACUGCUAGUUGGCCGCUUUAUGGAAGAAACGGCUAACUUUGAAAGCAACGCAGUAAUGAAGAAAUACAAGGAUGUGACCUUGUUUCUGCCAGAGUGGGAAGAUGGACAUUUCUACCUUGCCAAGUACUAUGACAAAUUGAUGCCGAUGGUAACAGAUAACAAAAUGGAAAAGCAAGGUGAUCUCAUCCGAUAUAUAGUUUUACAUUUUGGAAGAUCUCUUCAGUAUGGAAAUCAGUUCAUAUAUCAGUCAAUGCCACGAAUGUUAUCGCUAUGGCUUGAUUUUGGUGCUAAGGCAUACGAAUGGGAAAAAGGUGGUCGUUCUGAUCGUCUGCAAAUGAGAAAUGAUUUGGCUAAAAUAAAUAGUGUACUCACAGAGCACACAAAUCGGUUAGCACCAUAUCAGUUUUUGACUGCUUUUUCGCAGUUGAUCUCUCGAAUAUGUCAUUCUCAUGAUGAAGUUUUUGUUGUCUUGAUGGAAAUAAUAGCCAAGGUAUUUCUGGCCUAUCCUCAGCAAGCAAUGUGGAUGAUGACUGCUGUGUCAAAGUCUUCUUAUCCCAUGCGUGUGAACAGAUGCAAGGAAAUUCUUACCAAAGCCAUCCAUAUGAAAAAGUCUUUAGAAAAGUUUGUUGGAGAUGCAACUCGUUUAACAGACAAGCUACUAGAAUUAUGCAACAAAUCGGUCGAUGGAAGCAAUUCCACAUUAAGCAUGAGCACUCACUUUAAAAUGCUUAAAAGGCUUGUAGAAGACCCGACCUUCAGUGAGAUCCUCAUUCCCCUGCAGUCAGUCAUGAUCCCUACUCUUCCGUCAGUUCUGGGUGCCCAUGCGAAUCAUGACCCCUUUCCUGGGCACUGGGCCUAUCUUGCAGGCUUCGAUGAUGUGGUAGAAAUUCUUUCUUCUCUUCAGAAACCAAAGAAAAUCUCUUUAAAGGGCUCAGAUGGAAAGUUCUACAUCAUGAUGUGUAAACCAAAAGAUGACUUGAGAAAAGACUGUAGACUAAUGGAAUUCAACUCUUUGAUUAACAAGAGCUUAAGAAAAGAUGCAGAAUCACGUCGAAGAGAACUUCAUAUCCGAACAUAUGCAGUUAUUCCACUGAAUGAUGAAUGUGGGAUUAUUGAAUGGGUGAACAAUACUGCUGGCUUGAGACCUAUUCUGACCAAAAUAUAUAAAGAAAAGGGAGUGUAUAUGACAGGAAAGGAGCUUCGCCAGUGUAUGCUACCAAAGUCAGCAGCUUUAUCUGAAAAACUCAAAGUAUUCCAAGAAUUACUCCUGCCCAGGCAUCCUCCUGUUUUUCAUGAGUGGUUUCUGAGAACAUUCCCUGAUCCUACAUCAUGGUACAGUAGCAGAUCUGCAUAUUGCCGCUCUACUGCAGUCAUGUCAAUGGUUGGCUACAUCCUGGGGCUUGGAGACCGUCAUGGUGAAAACAUUCUUUUUGACUCUUUCACUGGUGAAUGUGUACAUGUAGAUUUCAACUGUCUUUUUAAUAAGGGAGAAACGUUUGAAGUUCCGGAAAUUGUACCAUUUCGACUGACUCAUAAUAUGGUUAAUGGAAUGGGUCCUAUGGGAACAGAGGGUCUAUUUCGAAGAGCAUGUGAAGUUACACUGAGACUGAUGAGGGAUCAGAGAGAACCUUUAAUGAGUGUCUUAAAGACUUUUCUACACGAUCCUCUAGUGGAGUGGAGUAAACCAGUGAAAGGACACUCCAAAGCACCACUGAAUGAAACCGGGGAAGUUGUCAAUGAGAAGGCCAAGACCCAUGUUCUUGACAUUGAACAACGACUACAAGGUGUGAUCAAAACCCGAAAUAGAGUAACAGGGCUGCCAUUAUCUAUUGAAGGACAUGUGCAUUACCUCAUACAAGAAGCUACUGAUGAAAACUUACUCUGUCAGAUGUACCUUGGUUGGACCCCAUAUAUGUAAAAUAAAAUUAUUUCAAAGAAUAUAUUAGUAAUCUGAAAUCCAUGUUACUAAUCAGUGGUUUGCCUUUAAUUCUAAAGUACAGCAUACAUUUACUUACAUUCUCAGAGAAACUAGUAUUUCUCUGUGAUUUUUAAAAGUAUUUAAAAUAAUGAAUUCAAUUAUUAAACACUGCUUUCUUCAUACAUAUUGUUUAGUCCAACUAGAGAAAUAAUACAUGUAUUCUCAUGAUCAAAAAAUAAUGUAAUUGCAAAGAACCAGCCAACUUAAUUUCAUUUUAUACUUUAUAUCAACUUCCUUUUCAAAGUGUUAGCAUAAGGUUUCAUUUGAAUAGCAAUGAAGCUAUAUUGAAUUCAUGUUGUGGGCAGGUAUUGGACUGCCUCUUCUGCCCUGUCGAAAGUGAUAGGUUAUCAUUAAAUUCACUUCAUAAAGCGCUAGUGUGUGUGAAAAUGUGAUCAAAGAAUAGAAACUCAAGAAAUAUGCAUGUGAAAACUAAUCAACUGUGUAGUUGUUGGUGAUACUGAAGACUGAACCAUGCUCUGCAUACGUCCUACCAUUGAGCCACAUCCUAACCACCAAUCUGUACAUUUAAAACACCACACUGCUGAUGGGCCAUAACACCCAGUACAGCAGUCGCAGAAAACACUAAUAUUUACAAUUGUCUAUGAUUUUUUAAAAUCUAAAGUUUUUAAUGUGUUUAGAUGUUUUCUGCAUAUUUUCUAAUAGAUUAAAAAGAAAAGAAUUGUAAAGUAAUACAUUUAUUAUAGUCAGAUGGGAAACUGCUGAAUUUUUUCUCCAUAAGACUCUGUCUUAUUUUUUCCUAUAAGUAAAAGUAUAAUGAGGUAAACUGUAGUAAGUCAGAAGACAUAAAUGUGAAAACUGAACAUACAAUUUCCUACUCAGAUUUGAUGUAAAGCAGUUAAGGACAGGAUAAUUAGAAAAUCUUUUUUUACAUACUCUGUGUGUUAGGGGGCGUGCAUGUGUGUGCUUUUUAUCCAUUUCAAUUUUUUGGCAUCUUAUUCAUAUAAACAUGUUUAAUUAAUUAGCAUUGAUGUAUUUUGGUUGUACUUGGUACUAGAUUACAUAGGAUCAUUUCAAACAAAUACAUCAUAUACUUUUAACAAAUUCCUUCCACAAUU